UGUAAAUUGGAAACGCGACGGUUUAGGGCAGGGGCAGUGUCGUCGUCGUCGUCGUCUUCGUCGCGGAGUAAAAUGUUAACGGCUGAUGUACCACCGAAUCAGUCAAUCUACAUAAAGAAUAUCAAUGAGAAGGUCAAUAAAGAAGAGCUGAAGAGAUCUCUUUACUGUUUGUUCUCUCACUUUGGAAGGAUACUUGAUGUGGUUGCGUUAAAGACACCUAAGCUCCGGGGACAAGCAUGGGUUGUCUUCACUGAAGUCACAGCUGCUAGUAAUGCUGCCCGUCAGAUGCAAAACUUUCCCUUCUAUGAUAAGCCAAUGCGGAUACAAUAUGCAAAAUCAAUGUCAGAUUGUGUUACUAAAGCCGAAGGGACUUUUGUUCCUAAAGAAAAGAAGAUAAAGCAAGAAGAGAAAGUUGAAAGGAGGCAACAUGCUGAAGAAACUCAACAACCAUGCAUGCCUACUGGCGCAACCGCUGUGAAUGGAAGGCCUGUGCCGAGUGGGCAAGACACGAUUCCACCAAACAACAUACUCUUCAUUCAGAAUCUUCCCAUUGAGACGACUGGCAUGAUGCUUCAGAUGCUGUUUGAGCAAUACCCAGGAUUCAAGGAGAUAAGAACGAUCGAAGCAAAACCCGGAAUUGCGUUUGUGGAGUUUGGAGACGAUGUUCAAUCUUCUAUGGCCAUGCAGGCUCUUCAGGGUUUCAAGAUCACUCCACAGAAUCCAACGGUAAUCUCUUUUGCCAAGAAGUGAAAGCCAGAGGUUUGUUGAUAUACUAAUUUGCGGCUGUUUAAAAGCAAAAUGUCGUAUCAUGUUUUGGUUCAAUUCCGGUUAGUGGUUUGAAGGACCUAGAUAAAGCUUUCUUAGUCUUUAGACCAGAAUGUAAUGAGAUUCGAAAAAAUUAGCGUGGUUGGAGAAAAUCGCAUUUUCAAA